AUGGGUGUUACCGUUGAGACCAUCCGCCCCGGAGACGGCCAGAACUUCCCCAAGAAGGGCGACACCGUCACCAUGCACUACCACGGCACCCUCGCCUCGAACGGCAACAAGUUCGACUCGUCGUACGACCGCGGACAGCCGUUCCAGACCGCCAUUGGUGUCGGCCGUGUCAUCCGCGGCUGGGACGAAGGCGUUCCCCAGCUCUCGCUCGGCCAGAAGGCCAAGCUCCACAUCACCUCGGACUACGGCUACGGUGCCCGCGGUGCUGGCGGCGUCAUCCCUCCCAACGCCGACCUCGUCUUCGAGGUCGAGCUCCUCAAGAUCAACUAA